AGAAAGGAUUCCAAGGGCUCCCUUCCUUCCUGCCGAGAGCCAAUGUCGAAUUUGAAUCCGGAUUGGGCACCCCUAGAUCCACACGCGCGACGCGCAACUCCCUACUCCACUGAUAUCACGGCGCCCAUGUGUCAGAGGAUAGGCUCACGUUCUAUGGCUGGCGUUGUAUCAGACAUGAGAAACGGCAGGGAUCAGAGCCAAUGAUAUCCGCACGAUGAUCGUCCAUGUUUGCCCUCGGGAGCAAUGGAUGCGGCAUUAUUUAAUACCUUGCGGCUCGCAAGGUUCUGUCGAGUCCCUUGACUUUAAACUGCCGUUAUCAUGCCCUUCGCCCCCCCCCUCUGAACCGGCGAAAUGCAUUCGGUGAGAAAAUCCCUUGGGAAGUUCAUCAAGAGUUCUGAAGAUGAAAACCGAAUAUCCAUAAUACUGCAGGAUUUCGAUCAUGUGGAUAAGUUGCUGGCCAAGAUCAUCGAUUCUACAAAAGCCUGGCGCGAUUCAUGGCAGAUAUUCCUCAGAAACCAAAGUCAACUGGUCGGGGAAUUUGAAGGGAUUUACGCGCCCAUUAACUCUGCACCCCGGAAUGAUUCGACUACCCUUGAAACUGCGCUGGUAAGGACGCACAAGCUUCGAGAGGAAUGUGAGGAUUUGCAGAGCGAUCUGCUCCACGAACUCGAUACGGUAGACCAACUCAUUAUCAAACCGGCCGCUCGAGCCAAAGACGAUCUGACUCCUAUGAAGAGAAUCAUCAAGAAGCGGGCUGAUCGAAAGCUUGAUUAUGACCGCUACCAAGAUCGUGUCGAUAACUACUACAAAAAGAAAACCCUAUCGAAUCGUGAUAAUGAAGCCUUGGCAAAGGCUGAAAGCGACCUCGCCAAAGCCAAAGCAGAGUACAAAGCUACAGACGAGAAUCUGCGUCAGCAUCUCCCUCUGUUGAUCUCGGCGAUAUUCUCCCUGCUCCCUAUCUUUCUCGCCGUUCAAAUCGAGAUUCAGAACUCCAUCCUUGGCAAUCUGUACACCAUGAUGCAUGACUUCUGUGAACAGGAGAAAUUGCCAUCCCCUGCCCCGCCAAUGGAGGAGGUGAUAGAGAUAUGGAGUCGGAGCUUUUCCCCUGUGCAAAAGGAAGUAGAAAGCUUCCGCUGUCUCAUCAAUGGGAAAGCCGUUCAACAACCACUCAGCUCGAGCUCUCCGCAGUCUGCUCAAAACAGCACCAGCCGCCCUGUAAGCCGUUCCAGCUACUACGAUCCGUGCCGGCAUCGGCCAUCGACGUCGUCAGACCGCAGUGUCCUCUCGGAUACAAGAUCACGACCAAGCGACCUGCCCUCUCCUGCCCGGUCUAUGAACCUGACAAUACCCAACUUCAACACCCUAUGCAGGCCGUCCACAGCAUCAUCAUCUACUACGGACUCUUCCUUCGUGCCACUGCCGGAGUAUUUCCAAACACCCGGAUCAUUAUCCCAGUCAAGUUCGAAUAUCGACUAUUUCUCGCGCCGGCAAUCCACCGCGGCUUCCUCCCCAUCCGUCUCCUCUGUUCUAUUAUCCCCCGAUUACAAGGCUGCGGCGAUCGCUAAGAAGAAGCCACCACCACCACCGCCACCUAAACCGAAAUUCGAGAAGGGUAACAAGACCAUGUUUGUGACGGCCCUGUAUGAUUUUGAGGGACAGGGAGCGGGGGAUCUCGCUUUCAGGGAAGGGGACCGGAUACAAGUGCUGCAGAAGACGGACAGUACGGAUGGCUGGUGGGAGGGCGAGCUUAGAGGUGUCAGGGGGAGUUUUCCGGCUAACUAUGUGUCUGUCUAAUGGAAGUUUCAUGGCCAAAUUAAUACAUCCUAGAUUGUACUGAAUGAAGUUAGGGUAAUUGCGAAAACAGGAACAAGCAAGUUAGAGGUGGACAACUGGGGUGGGCGUUCCUGCAUGCUGUAACUAAAGAGUGACCAUUCAAGGAAUUCUGGGAAACAAGUGAGCUAAGGUUACUGGAACUUUUUUACAACAACCCUGGUACACAUCGUGUAAGGCCGCAAAGGCAGCAGCCCUAGGCCGCACAAGAUCACGUGCACUUAGCA